UCUGAGAUGGUGUCGUUGAUCUCGUGCUUCGCAUGGCUGCAGCGAAGGCGGGAGCAGCGUGAAGUGUCACCACAGAACACCUACCGCUCUCGUCGUUGCAUUUGUCGCCAGCUGCUCUUGAGGCCCCUGCUCUGAAUGCAGCUGCGGUGGAUCAAUUACUAUGGGGCUUCAUUGCAAGAGCCGUGGGAGGGGCUGCUGGCUCCAGGUCGCCGCGACAUUGAGGACGACAGCACGAGUCCCAUCCCAAACCGAAACGCCCAGCAGGCCCUGCAACAAUGCUGUGAGACAAGUGCAAACAUGUAAGGCUAUGGUUUGGGUCCACCAAGACGGGCAGCAGCGUUUGGGAGAUGGAUUUGCAUGAAUUUUGCCUGAUGGGUGUAAUGAAGAAACAUGGACAAGCCUACUCUUAGGAGAGACGCCGUGAAGAGGCGCCGAUGCAAAGUGGCUGUGUGCCUGCUGUUACUCUAUGCACUGAUUGUCGAGUGGCCGGUGUACUUGGUGGCGCCAUACUGGAACUGGCCCCACCUACCGUUCACUGCUGGGAUCGGCACAAGGCUCCUGCUGGUGGCAGACCCACAAUUGCUUGGUCGUGUCAACACAGCACCUGGAUUAUUUGGCUUCAUUGAGCGUUGGGAUUCUGAUCGGUACAUCAGCAAAACGUUUGCUCUGGCCAAUGACUACUUGAAACCACAUGUGGUCAUAUUUCUGGGAGACCUCUCGGACGAGGGCGAGUUUGCCACUGACGACGACUUCCGGUCAUAUAUAGAGCGCUUCUUCAAUAUAUUCACACACAUCGACUACGGACAGGCUAUUUUUCUUCCUGGAGACAACGAUAUUGGUGGAGAAAGGAGGUCUGUGGGGAAGGCGGAGCUACAGCGCUUCAACUCUUACUUCCGCAAUGACACCUUCUUGACCUACCGUGGCAUUGACUUUAUUAAGGUGAACUACCUGACAACUUCAUAUGCAUACCGGUCACAUCUGUCCCAGCUGGGAAGCAACGUUCGCUUCGUCCUAUCUCAUGUGCCUUUGUCCACAAGCUUUGGUCACUAUAUAAAAGAUGUGGUGAAAGAACUAAGACCGGACGUAAUGCUGGCUGGGCAUCGUCAUGAGUCUGUGCACCUGGUGGCCGAGCAGGCUACUGGCAGUGUGGAACGCCUGGAGUUGCGGCUGGGCGCGGAUCGGCGGCCCUUGAGGAUGGACCUAUCUUCGGGACGCCUGCAUGAGAUUCGGCUGCCCCCUUGCUCCUAUCGCAUGGGCACCCACUGGGUGGGCUUCGGAGCGGCCAUCCUCGAUCCCGAUCGCUUGCUGACGUAUGGCGUGCUGUGGUCCCCAGACCGGCUGCUCUACCUGGCUGGCUACCUGGUUGUGCUGUUCGUCUGUACCGUCCUCUGCCUUCCUGCAGUGUGGCAGCUGUGUAUCUCAGUACGGCACCAUUUUUGCCCAGGGAAGCCUUCACGGUUCUAUGGUGGCAGUCUUCUGCCACUUCUUCGUUGAUGGUGCACAUGCAUAUGUGUGUGCUUGCCAGUCACAUAGACAGGCCUCAGGUGUAAUGGUCCCCAUAGUUCAGUGCACUGAGGAGCUGGUGAUGAUUCCUUUUAAUGUGAUAGAGUAACAUAUACCUCUCGAGCCACUUCUCCUAGCCGCAGUGCAGUGGGCUCUAGGCCCACUUCACUAUGGCUGCUGCAUUGUUCUGCUGACCACAAAAUUUCCAAUUUGUUUAGGGCCAUCAUGGCUAAAUUUUAGUUGGAGGAAAAUGAAAAAAAUGCUCUUGUGUCUCGCUUGGGGGUACCUAUUGAGAAGAAUCCCAAGUGGUCAAACUAAUCUGAAGAUUUACACAUAGUAUUUCUCAUUGGUGUCUCUGAUAGCCAAAGUUGCUUUGGAGCACUAAACCCCAUUAACAGACCAACCAAGUAGUUUUCCUUGUAACCUCUGCAUCACUUAUGCACUUUUUAAGACCCACAAGUCAGUUGAUUGGUAACCUUUUAAUCCAGAAGAAAGCCCCUGCUAUGUGCCUAGUGUGUGCCUUCUGUUAAAAGGCAUUUUUUUGCUGUAGUUUGUAGGUUUUUUGUUGUUUUGCUGUUUUUUGACGCACUCCUUAGGUCAAGAUUUUAGUGUAAAUCGGCCAUGGUGGCUGCAUUUCAGUGGGAUAGAAAUGCAAAUAUACCCAUGUACUUAUAUUUAGGUGAAAGGCAAAAAAAAAACUACAGGUGGUCAAAAUGAAUCUAUUAGCCCACUAUAGUAUGCCUGAUAAUCACAUCUCGUAUUGUAGUAUUGGCACGUAAAACCUGAGCAUUUAAUUUAGCGAUUUUCCUUUAUCGAUGCUUCUCAAGUUGCAGUGUCCAGGCUCUCCCAUUUCUUUACUUCUAGAAGCACUAUAUGCUCCUGAUCUUCUCCAAGGAGGGAAGCUGCGAAACUGCAAUAGUGUUGCAUUUUCUAUGCAGAGAAAUACUAGAGGGAAAUGUUAGUUUGAGAAUAAAUGGUAGCUGAAUGCUCAAUAAGGCUGAAACCAUGUCAGUAACAGAGCUUUUCUGAAAAACAGAAAUACUGAACAGAAUUCGAUAAAGUCACUGACAAAAUAUGGUAACAGCUAGAGGUAUGCAUGAGCCUCGGUUUUCAUUUCUCUGCACUAUUCGAGCCUGGCACUCUCACAAGGCUGGCCCUGUCAGUAUGCCUGUCAUUUUAGCACCAUUAAUUUACCGGUAGUAGUAAACAGAAGAUUAUGCACACUGAUCUAUGCAGCCCAAUUUGUUGCAUGGAGUUUGGAUUGCUGAAGAAGGAGGCACCUUCAAUCACAAUUUUCUCCUCUCCACAUCUCUGCUUUUUUUUAUCUUUAUUCUCUUUCUUUCUUUGUCCUCUGCUAAAUCAUGUGCUAUCGAGAGAAAAAGAAGUUUGCAAAACUUUUUAAAAAUCUAUUGAAAGUCAGCAUUUAUGAAAGGGGUACAGCUAUGAAAAUUUUCAUUUGCUGUUUUUUUUUUUUUUGCUUCAAAUGAAAGGCCAAACUCUCAAGAGCCUAGAAAAUCUACUGCUAAGUUAAUGCACCCUGAAAAAGUAAUUACAGUGUGUUUUCAAAAGCCAGUUUGGGUUGUACCUGACGUGACAACACGGUAUGAGCUUCUCGUCAAGGGCUCAUGCAAAAUGUCAUGUUUCCACGGCCGCUCAGCACUGUGGCCCCAUUAGUGACACACAAGCGGCCAUUUUGAACAUUUUCGUUGUGCACAAGUAGCCAUUUUGGAAGUUUAGGAGCCUGAUGUCACACAACCCUCCAGACUUCUGUCUUAAGUCACCAGAUUUAGUACUUUAACCUGACGUCGAGCUAGUGUUGAUGUUGGUAGGUGCACCAUGGAAAAAAUGGCUUUAAUAUUAAGAUAAAAUAUCUUAUUGGUAUUUGCUGAGCCUCACACUUGUUUAGAGCUGCCUCUGUAUACAGGAUAUUUGAAUGGCAAUGUAAACACAUCUCUGCAAAAUGGUGUCAAUACUCCUUUGUUUCCUUUGAGUAUCUUUCUCAAAUUUGUUUUUGAUGUUUUGUCAAGAUAUUUAGUUUUUUUCUGAAUCUCAUUUUCCCAUAGUGGAGUAGAGUACCACUGAAUUAUUCUGAAUACUAUACAUGAAUACUUUUUAUACUAAUUGGCAGAUGCACUUUACAUUGUGAACUAACAUGCCUGAAUAGCCUGCGACAACCUCGGCAUAGUUUAUAUCGUCUGUUCACAUGUCAGAAACUCGAUGAAAAUCGUGAAUGUAGUGCUGCUAUCAAACAUUUGGACUGGUAUGCAUAAUUCCUGCCAGUCAUGUAAUAUGACCUGUAUGAAUUUUUGGUGCAUUUUAAGUUAAUGCUACUGAAUUUUUGCUAGGGGAUGUCAUACAGUACAAUUUCAUACGAGUUUCUUCUUAAAGGGGCCCUUCAACAUUUUUUAAGGUUGUCUUAAUUAUGGCUCAAGUGAGAUUCUCAUAUUGGGUGAUAACAAAUACAAAAAAUGAAAUGGUUGAAAUUGGUUCAUAGCUGGGACAUUUACUUGAGAAUAAAAUUUUACAGCUCAAUUUAUUACUAAGUGGCAUACAAAAUAAUAACAAUGAAAGAAGAUGGGACUUGCUUAUCAUUAUUACCAGUUUGGAUAGCUUCCAGCUUGUCUUGUCUCUAUAUUCUUCUCCAGCUUAAAACAGAACAGAAAUAAAAUAGGGAAGGGGCGAAGAAUUUCAGCUCCACUAACAAGAAGCCCGGGAAGGUUUGAAGGAUGCCACCCGCUUUUAGUGAACACGCACGCUGCGAAUAUUUAUUGUUCAACUACGCGUAACCGAAAUCUCCAAUUGGCGCUACAUUGCAUGUCAAGAUUCAGUGCCUCUGUAUACUGGGUGGCCAGUGAGUGGUUAUGCAGCGCAUUGUCUCUCACCAGUGAGAGAGCAUUGCCAUAGUCAAGGCACGCUGUUCGCAAACUCUCACUCUGUGGCAAGCGCUGAGGAAGUGGUGAGAGAGAGUGAAUUGUCUUGGUGAGAGAAGGCGUUCUCUCUCUCUCUCUCUCUCUCUCUUGUGCUCAAGCAAAUCAAUCGUCACGACAGCAGCAAACGAAGCACGCCAGCAUGCUAAGGCCCUAAGGUGCUUCGCCCCUAAAGGUAGUUUGCAACUUGAACUUCGGCAUUCCCUCUUUCGGUCACGCAUUGAGAACAUUUUUGCGACCGCACAUGUAGGAGACAUUUGCUAGAUAUUCACUUGAGUGGUAAUGUCGUCAGUGACCCUACAGCACUUAGGAUAAUGUUCUUUUCAAAUGCUUCAACGACUUUUAAGAGCAUGAAAGAAAUAAAGCAGCUAUUAUAAAUGGCAUACUCCAGGUUUCAUUAAUCAUACCCACACCAGUAGCUUAGUGGCUAUGAUAUUACACUACAAUGCACGAAGUGGUGGGUUUAAUUUUCGGCUACAGCAGCUGGGUUUAGAUAUGGCUGAAAUGCAAGAACAACUGUAUUCUUAGAUUUAAAUGCACGUUGAAAAAGCCCUAUGUUCUAUUCUGUCAUAGCACAUGUAAAAAAAUUUAUGAGGACACACAGAAAAGAGGUACAUUGUGUUAUAUGCAUAAAAUGUCUUUUUUUUUCUGUCUUCAUUUUACAGCAAAAGUUGUUAGAUCACAACACCGGUCAGGCGCGGCACCAUAGUUGUUCACCACCGCUGUACGUAAUCACUAUCGCACAAAAUUAAAAAAAAAAUGCUAAAACAAAAUAAAGAACACCAAAGAUUUGAACCCAGGUC